GGACGGACUAGCAACGCACCUGUGCUCUCGGCAGGAGCCUAGGCUGCAGGGCUGCAUGGGCAGACGCAGCAGGCUCCAGGCCACCUGCCCUUGGUGCGCUCUGCAUCUCCAGCUGCCCGCUAGCUCCCCGAGCCCGAAGCUGGAGUCUGAGCUGGAAGAGCGGCUGGGAAACGGCGAGAAGAGUUGGCGACUCUCGCCCACUGUCCUGGGGGCAACUGCAAGAAACGGGAAGCCCGAGGGGCACCAACACGGAGCCGAGCAGCUCUGAGCGUGGGGACUUGCCACCCCGCGCGCCAGGCGGCUGAGCACGGAGGCGACCGAGCAAGAGGACGUGUCCCCAGAACCAGCAUCCCCUCGCUGGUUCGAGGGCAAGGACUGUGGUCAGUGGCACACAACAGGGCGGGCGGGGCAUGCCAUGGAGGUGGAUCAAUUGGCUGUGUGAGGCAAAGUGAGGAGGGAGCCGCGGGCCAUGUACGGCGACCUGUUCAACGCCACCGCCACCGGCAGCCCCGAGGCGGCGGUGGGCGGCGCGCUGGCCCCGGGAGCCACGGUAAAGGCAGAGGGCGCUUUGCCGCUGGAACUAGCCACAGCUCACGGCAUGCGGGACAGCACGGCCACCAAGCCCGACCUGCCUACCUACCUGCUGCUCUUCUUCCUGCUGUUGCUCUCCGUGGCUCUCGUUGUCCUCUUCAUCGGCUGUCAGCUGCGCCACUCGGCCUUUGCCGCUCUGCCCCACGACCGCUCGCUGCGCGACGCCCGCACACCCUGGAAGACCCGGCCAGUGUAGCGGCUGCAGAAGCCGGGUAACCUGAGCGCUGGAGCAGCAGACGGGAGCCACAUCAAAUCCUCUCGACGCCAGGGGUCGC